AUGCUGGCUGAUUCCUCUCAGAACCCCCAAAGCCAGCCAUGUCUUUAUUCCUCUCCAGGCCACCGUCCUAACUAUUUGGACUUUUUCUACCAUGCCCUGAUACCCUGAACCUUCCGCAGUCCCUGCCCUACCUCGCCAUUCUUUCUUUCAUCUUCUCUUCAUGAGUUAUUACCCUUCUUAGAAUAUAGACUUCUUAAAGACAGAUCUUUCUUUCUGAUUUUGCUAGGGAUGUAGUAAGUGAUUAAUAAAUGCUGUUAAAAAAAAUCAUUUUAGUGCUGACGCAUUUUAUUCCCAGAAAUGGUCUUAUCCUUUUCCUGGAUAAUCCUGCACCAAACUUUCAGAACAGACAGAGGAGUUCCAAAGGCUCUCUGCCUAAAAUCAACAGAGAUCUGCAAAGAUAAGAGUGCCCAUCCAAGGUUGAGCUGUUAUCACAGAAAGCAGGGCAGAGUUUUGCUGUUUGAGCAACCUCUGGGUGUCUCCUCCACCCCCACAGGUCAGGUUUCAGCUCCAGAACAAAUAUUUGUCCCACUUCUGAAAAAAGUUUGGAUUUUCCCCCUUUUUUUCUUUUUUUUUUUUUAAAACAGAACGCCACCUCCCUGGCUCUCCUUUGAACUUGGGAUAGUACAUAGGUGCGCGGUGCUUCCCACACUGGCUGCUCUGGGCGAAGCAGACGAACAAAAUGAAACGGCUCCUGGGCUUCCUCCUCUUUGUAUUGCUUUCCGAAGAACGAAGCCUGCAUCUCCCUUCAAAUGGACUCCCUGAAUUCAUGGACUAUGCAGAUUUGGCAGACCUGGAUCUUGAAAAUCUUCCUUUUGCUCUUGAAAAUAGAAGAUACCAGAGAAGCAUAUUCGAUGAUCAAGAAUCUGACAAAGUAAUGGAAAAUGUUGAUGACCAAAUAACUCUUUAUAGUUAUAAAGUAAAAUCCACUGUUACUUCUCGGGUGGCCAACACUGUUGUCCAAUGCAAAGUGGUGAAUAACUCUCCAUAUUCACAGAAUGUAGAGUUAGAUGUUCAGAUUCCCAGAGGAGCCUUCGUUACCAACUUUUCCAUGAUUGUGAAUGGAGUAACAUUUACCAGCACAAUUAAAGAGAGGACUGUGGCUCGGGGGCUCUACGCCCAAGCAAGAGCCAGAGGCAAAACUGCUGGAUGGGUGAGCAGCAACUCUCUUGAUAUGGAGAACUUCAAAACUGAAGUAAAUGUCCUCCCAGGAUCUAAUGUACAGUUUGAGCUUCAUUACCAAGAAGUGAAAUGGAGAAAACUGGGAUCCUAUGAACAUAAGCUCUAUUUGAAGCCUGGCCGACUAGCCAAACAUUUAGAGGUAGAUAUAUGGAUUGUUGAACCACAAGGAAUUAGUUUUCUUCAUGUUCCAGAAAAUCUUGGAGACCAUUUUGAGGGAGUUCCAGUUAUAACAAAAAGCAAACAAAAGGGACAUGUUUCCUUUAAACCAACAGUAGAUCAACAAAGAAAAUGCCCCAACUGUUCUGAGACUGCAGUAGAUGGACAGUUAGUCAUCAAGUAUGAUGUGGUUAGAGAAAAGAAAGCUGGUGAACUUGAAGUUUUCAAUGGUUAUUUUGUUCAUUUCUUUGCUCCUGAAAACUUGGAUCCAAUUCCUAAAAACAUCCUUUUUGUCAUUGACGUCAGUGGAUCAAUGUGGGGAAUUAAAAUGAAACAAACUGUCGAAGCAAUGAAAACCAUAUUGGAUGACUUAAGAGCUGAAGACCAAUUCUCAGUGGUGGAUUUCAACCACAAUGUCAGAAAUUGGAGAGAUGAUUUAGUUCUCGCCUCUAAAGCACAGAUCACUGAUGCCAAGAAGUAUAUUGAGAAGAUCCAGCCCAAUGGGGGCACAAAUAUUAACGAAGCUCUCUUGAGAGCAAUUUUUAUUUUGAAUGAAGCCAGCAACCUCGGGAUGUUGGACCCUAACUCAGUCUCUUUAAUUAUUUUGGUUUCUGAUGGAGAUCCAACAGUAGGUGAGCUAAAAUUGUCCCAAAUCCAAAAGAAUGUCAAGCAAAGCAUGCAAGAUAACAUCUCCUUGUUCAGUUUGGGAAUAGGGUUUGAUGUUGACUAUGACUUCUUGGAAAGGCUGUCUCAAGAAAACCAUGGAGUCGCCCAAAGGAUUUAUGGAAACCAAGAUACUUCUUUACAGCUCAAGCAAUUCUACAACCAGGUCUCUACACCAUUGCUACGAAAUGUUCAGUUUAACUAUCCCCAAGAAUAUGUAACAGAUGUCACUCAGAACAGUUUCCACAACUAUUUUGGAGGCUCAGAAAUAGUGGUGGCAGGAAAAGUUGAACCUGAUAAGUUGGACCACGUGGAAAGUAUCAUCACAGCUACAUCGGCCAAUACACAGUUAGUCAUGGAUACUCUGGCAGAAAUGGAGGACUUGGAUGCCUUCCUGUCAAAGGACAAGCAUGCAGAUCCUGAUUUCACCAGGAAAUUGUGGGCUUAUCUAACCAUCAAUCAACUUCUAGCUGAAAGGAGCCUGGCUACCACAAACAUUGACAAAAAGAAAAUAACAAGAACUAUCCUGCAGAUGUCUUUGGACCACCAUGUUGUGAGUCCACUUACUGCCAUGUUGAUCGAAAGUGCUGAUGGGAAUGAGAGGAUGCUGGCUGAUGCUCCGAUGGACCAAAAAAGACCUUGCUGUCGGGGUGCCUUAUCCACUGGGAAGAAGACUGCUCAAAGUUCAAUCCCCUCUUGGGCCAAACCUCCACCAACAAUGGGUCCAAUGAGUGUGAGAGAAGCUCCAGUGCUUAUAUCAACGCCUCCUCCUCAUGUAAUAAGAGUUGAGAAUGACCCACAUUUCAUCAUUUAUCUACCAAAGAGUCAAAAGAACAUUUGCUUCAAUAUUGAUUCAGAACCUGGUAAAAUUCUCAACUUGGUUUCCGAUCCAGGGACAGGAGUAUUGGUAAAUGGAGAGCUUGUUGGAGCAAAGAUGCCUAAGAACAAAAAACUAAGUACCUAUUUUGGAAAACUAGCAUUUUAUUUCCAAAGCCAAGACACAAAAAUAGAAAUUAGCACAGAGAUGAUCACCCUGAAAAAUGGUCACCAUACUACCAUUUUGUCAUGGUUGGACACAGCUCACAUUGUUCAUAAGAAGUUGCUUGUCUCAGUAAAAAAAGAGAAAACUGUAAAUAUCACCAUGGAUGGAGAUAUGUCCUUCUCAGUCUUACUUCACCGUGUCUGGAAGAAGCAUCCUGUUAAUGUAGAUUUUCUGGGUAUUUAUAUUCCUCCCACAAACAAGUUUUCACUGAAUGCUCAUGGACUAAUAGGUCAGUUCAUGCAUGAACCCAAAGUACGGAUCUUCAAUGAGAGACCUGGCCGAGUCCCUGGGAAGCCAGAAGCUAGCAUGGAAGUGAAAGGACACAAGCUAACUGUUACCAGGGGUUUGCAGAAAGACUACAGAACAGAUAUAGUGCUGGGAACAGAUGUACCCUGCUGGUUUGUGCACAACAGCGGAAAAGGUUUCCUUGAUGGACAUUAUAAGGAUUACCUUGUCCCUCAGCUCUACAGCUUCCUCAAAGAACCUUUUAAAAAUGUCUAGAUAAAACCCUGGAUACUGUGUAAAGAAAUUUAAUUUUCUCCCAUCCCUCAUUUUUGUCAUUUUUUGAAACUUUAAAAUUGCUAAAUUAUAUAUAAAAAGAGUCGAACUCGACAUGUCAUGUAAAACUUAGUGGAAGUUGAAGAGUCAUCUUUCAAGGAAGUUGCAGUGUUUUAAACUGAAAAACCAUCCAUUAAAAUAUUUGAAACAUAAACUCUGCCUUUGUAUUGGUCCCCUUUUUACAGCAUAGUUUUUACAUAAAAUAAAGAGUAAUGCUGUCAGUAUGUCUUUAAGUAUUAUUGGACAUUGUUGUUGUUUUUUUUCAAUGAACCCAAAGUGUAGCCAAAACAAGUGUCUAAUUAAACUAAUUAUUUCAAGAAAUAGUUUUUUAAACCUUUAUUGUUUCUUGAGUUACUAAUAUUUUAAUCAAAGAAUAUGCAAAUACAUUAGUUAAAACUAAA